AUGAGGCGAUUCUCGACAGCAGAGCUCGGCAGGUACCUGCUAACGGGCCAGCUCAAUCGCCGGGGUUGUUUGCAUACCCGACCUCCACGGGUUUUGGCAAUUGCAGCGAUCAGCCAAAUAACCCCAAGCCGAACAUUUACCAGCCAAGUCGAGACGUCCACAACAUCAACCUCAACGUCGAUCCCUCCCAAUUCAAUACCCCUCCGGAAGCAGCUGAAAGACGAAGCCAAGGCCCUUAAGGCAUCGGGGAAGAAAAAGAAGAAGAAGGCCGACAACCAGACCGUCCCCGGUUGGGAACUGACGGUCGGCAUCGAGAUCCAUGCACAACUGAACACAGCACGCAAGCUCUUCUCGCCCGCCGCCACCUCGUUCAAUGACAAGCCCAAUAGCCAUGUCGCCCUCUUCGACGUCGCCAUGCCGGGCUCGCAGCCCCUCUUCCAACCCGAGACCCUGAUCCCCGCCGUGCGCGCCGCCCUAGCACUGGAAUGCGAGAUCCAGCCCGUCAGCCGCUUCGACCGGAAGCACUACUUCCACUGGGACCAACCGUCUGGAUACCAGAUCACCCAGUACUACCACCCCUUUGCCCGCGACGGCCGCAUCGUGCUGGGCGCCCGCGACGGCAUCGCGCCCGAGGAUGGCGACCGCGUCGAGAUUGGGAUAAAACAGGUGCAGAUGGAGCAGGACACGGCCAAGACGACUGCCCAACCGGGCGACGUGCACUGGCUGGACUUCAACCGCGUGGGCCUGCCGCUGGUCGAGAUCAUCACCCUGCCGCAGAUCCACCACCCCGCCACCGCUGCCGCGCUAGUGCGCAAGGUGCAGAUGCUGCUAGCCGCCGUCGACGCCUGCGUGCUGGGCAUGGAGGCUGGCGGCCUGCGCGCCGACGUCAACGUUUCCGUGCGGCGGACUGCGGACGGGGACACCGCGCCCUUGGGCACCCGCACCGAGAUCAAGAACCUGAGCAGUUUCAAGGCGGUGGAGGACGCCAUCAUUGCCGAGCGGGACCGCCAAAUUGCUGUGUUGGAGGCUGGGGGGGUUGUCGAGGGCGAGACCCGCGGCUGGUCGCUGGGGAGCACAGAGACGCGCCGUUUGCGGGGCAAGGAGGGCGAGGUGGAUUACCGGUACAUGCCCGACCCGGAUCUCGGGCCGGUCGUUAUCGGGGAGGACCUGGUUGGCCACCUGGCUUCGUCACUGGGUGUGCUGCCUGAUGCUGAGAUCGACGAGCUUGUUGGGACCUGCGGUCUAAGCCCCAAGGAUGCCCUAUCACUCAUGACGCUGGACGAUGGGGCGCGGGUCGAGUAUUUUUACAAUGUCCUCGAUGCACUGGAGGACCGUCUUGGACUCGCCAGUGAUGCCGAGUCCGACCACCGAGAUGCCUUGCUGGCUGCCAACUGGUGUCUUCACGAGCUGGGCAAGCUCACCGAACUAUCUUCCGACCUUGGCAUGACUCCCGAUGGUGAAUGCGGAGUGCCGUCGGCAGACCUGGCCGCCAUCCUGUCACACCUCCAUCGCAGGGAAAUCACCGCCAAAGUUGCCAAAGAUUUGCUGUGGGGCGUCUUCCGGAGAGAAAUCACGGCCGGCGGUGUCACGCAAACCAUUGACGCAGGCAACCUUUGGUUCAAAGAGUUAUCCGAGCAGGAAUACGAGGAGCUUGCCGACGAGGUGGUCGCGGGCGAAGACAAGGUCUUGGCCGAAUUCUUGCGCUUCAAACAGGGCAAGGCAAAGGCUUUCCCACAAGGGAAGCUCAUGUUCCUAGUUGGGAAAAUGAUGCGGGCUGGCACCGAGCAGCGGAUGGAUCCCGCCUCUGCCGAGAGGGUGUUGAGGGCGAGAUUGGAGAACGUGUAUCUUCCAGAGGCGGAGGCAAGGUGA